AUGCGCACAGCGGAUCUCAUCAACCUUUUGCGGAGUCAGGACAGGUCCAAGUCCUCCACCAAGGUCUGUCUCACCUCACUCGAGCCUGCCAGACGACUUCACCUCCUUGGCGAGCUCUCCAACUGGCUUCUAGUCGAGCUGCAAAAAUACCACGAUCGACAAGCAGGUCCCGCAGCCCUUGAAACUUUACAGCAAGGAUCCAUCCGCAGCCAGAUCAGACAUACCUUGCUUGCUAUCCAAGUUGUUCUCGACACUUCAGACAACAUUAACGGCAGUGGCGAUGGUCGAAAUCAAAACAGCAACGUCACAAACGGCGGAUCGUCUGAUGCCCUGAUUGCUACAAUAUCGCACUCAACAUCACCUCCAGAUCCACAGUCGACGUCUGCCAAGGCAGCUCUGCUGCUCGACGACAAGCACAAGGAAAAGAUUCUCGAGUCGCUUUUGAGACCCAUCCUGAUCGGAAUCGCGCCAUUGGGCCCCCGAGUCGACUCGACAGAUGUUCAGCUUCUAUGUGCAAAGAUCCUCUGCCACUGCACCAACCCGCUCACCAAGGACGCGCCAUUUCCCCCAGAAACACUCUUUCGAAAGAUGAUGACACUGUGUUUGGCGACAACACAGGGGCAGCAGCCUACGAAGUUGGAUCAAGAUCGAAGUAAGACGCCUUUGAUGGUAGAUGCAACACAAGGAUUGGCAGCAUUGCUAAAUUCGCCGUUGAUCAAACUGCAGGAAUAUGGUCUCCGGAUAUUGACCUCGCAUCGAUUUCUGGCGCAAAUGAAUCAGGCCUGGGAACUGCUGGCGUCAUUACAACCUGUUUUGAAGGCACUUGGGAACAAUCUGCGGCUGUUGACGGGCGAAAAAUCAUUGGACCUAUCUGAUCAGGGUUCGGAUACCUCGGACGCCAACAAUCAGCAUUCAGGAGAGGGAGGACACCAUGGUGGUACAAACGGAGGUCUGACAAGAGGACUGAGCAAGGAUCUAGAGGUAGCGAUAGGGACGCGUUCAAAGGCAUUGACACUGCUGCAGUGGUUCCUGCAGGAAGCUGGGAAGCCGCCUCCUGCAUCGUCUAUACCGUCGUCCUCGUCGGCCAAACUGAGCAAGUUGAAAGAGGCGACCGACAUGAGUCUGUUGGUGGAUCUUUGGGGGUCGGUUCAGCAUAUUGUGUUGUUUGGUCGGGUGCUGGUCCCGGCGGGCGAACGAUUGGUGCUAGUCAUCAGUGCCUGUAUAUACUGGUGGUGCUGGAUCUUUCAACACGAUGCGAUGGCGUACAUGAUGAACACGGCUCCGGACACCUUGAUGGCCUGGUAUGGAUACUACAUCAUUCCACGCGACCGCAUGCCGGCACCGGUAUCAUCCUCGACAUUUUCACUACAGCCCUCUAUGUCUUCGAAGAGCGACUCGGACAGGAUCACGGACAACAUCAGGCAACAGAGCUAUAUCCUGGAGUAUCUUUCCAAACUAAUUCAGAAUAUAGUCACGCCAAAGAAAUAUCACGCCACGCUCUUUGUUGGGAAUCCACCUAUCGGGGUCGUGAUCAUGCGCCGGACGAUUGAAUUCUUGGAAGGGAUAUUGGAAUCGACUUUGCCAUUGACAGACCAGGGCUCGAACCUGGAUCAAGCAGCUUCACCGCCAUUCACGCACGAUGAUGAUCCCCUGCUUGUGCGCAAACGACCGGCCUCGUACUCUAUUCGGAUUAUCCAGGAACGGCCGGGUGUCUUGGAGGCAAUGCUGAGGAUCAUGGUCGCAUGCUCUGGUGGCUCCCGAGAAGGUGACAGUCUAGUGCUGAACAGUCGAUUGUUGGAUGUCCUAGUGCUCUUACUGUCAGACAUUCAAGGACUCUUUGCGAUACAGCACUUGGCCGAGACAACCGCGCGAAAGAUACGCCAUCUCGCACUCAACCUUCUGCAAUGGAUCUUGAACCGCGACUCGCCAUUACCAGCACUGGAGGAUGUAACAAUGGACCACUGGACACUAGGAUAUACAGCGCUCGUGGACUCGAUCAUGAUCCCUCUGGAACAGCAAUUCGACGCGGGAUCGACGAGCGAGCAUCAAUAUUCAGAAAAGACGUUGGACGAUGACAUGGGAGUAAAGGCGCUAAAGGUCUUCAGGUUGUUCUGGAAGCACCAUAUCAGGGGACAUUCUCUACUAUCGGAUCUCCUGGGACCGCGAUUGCACCAACUCAGGAUGAUACCUAUCCUUCUUCUCAAUUCAACCAUGGACGUAACUGGCCGCAGGAGCUCAAAUGCAAAGUGGGUGAAGGAACGGAUCUUGCUAUUACUGGAUUCGGUGGUGUAUUUCGGAACCGAGUCCAGCGUACGGAUCAACAUGCGAGAGCGGUGGCCAUCGAUGCCCUUCUUGGUGGCUAUUCUCGGCGCCAGCUUGAAGAGUCUGGAGUCGAAUAAAUACAGUGCCAGCGAUACGUUGAGCCUGAUGGUGGCACAAAAGUGCUUUGCCGCACUUCACAACUUUUGGUAUGAUCGCCUCGGCCUGGUGCAAGCAAUUGAGCUAAAUGUCUCUCUGAGUGAGGUCGGCCUUUGGAAUUCGUUGAUGCCUUCUGCCGUCGCUUCCGGAUCCCAUUCGAACCUGUCGACACCCUCAAUCGUUCCGCUGCUGCUUGUCAUCCUUGCUCCACCAGAAACGGAAUGGUCGAUGGAUCUUAUGCUGAACUCUGGCAAGACGAAUAGAGGACGAGGCAGGAGAAUUCGACAUCUACUUUUCGAGAGACACGACCCGUUGUUGGUGGAAGCAGCUCUGGUGUUGGCACAACUUUCUCAGUUCCAGGAGUGUCAGCAGCGCUUGAUCACAAUGCCCGGGGCGAUCUGGAUGCUGACCCGGAUGAUGGUCGAGCGGUCGCUAGUCGGCAACGUGGGUGGUGGCGCCAGUAAUGGCGAUAUAUCCAGCUUUGUGGACGGCGAACGCGAGGUGUUAGAGAAGACGUUGUUUGAAGGUCUGAUGAGGGUGAUGUCGGCGGUAGAUCUGGCCAAGUCGCUGGUUUCGAACAACACCUUUACAGAGUUCUUUGCGGCCGUCCUGGAGGCUGAUCUGCCUCUGCACUUUUACAACGCGAAGAUGAGCUUUGAAGCCUCAGCAUCCAAUGGGACGUCUCUAACAGCGGAGGGCCCGGCUAUCGGCGAGCUUAAGAUCGCAGUGGACUCAGAUCGAGUAAAUAAACCUGCGGACCGAAUUUUACCAACGCCCCGUCAACACAAUUUCCAUCAGCAGCUCAUACAACACUUCCGGACAGUCAUGACGCCUCUACGGGAUCAAUUCGAGCGCAUCUAUCAAUAUGUCGGAGGACACCGUUCCCUUCAGGAUGCGAACGACACGGCGGAUACAGUAUUCUGGAUGCGGGAGUACUGUGCACUUGUGUUUCUCUACACACUUGAACCGCCGGGUCCGAAUUCUUCGAUGGCGUGGGGUUCGAGGAUCGAUAAGACAGCGUUAUUGAACUCGGAGUCUGUUUUCGGAGUUGUCUGCAGGAUGCUGACACUUGAGAUGGAAUACGAUCUUGUUGAUGCCGAUCAACAAGCCGCGGGGAUGGAGGGUUCAGAACAGAACGAGGCGAACAUGAGCGCACAAAAGGAAGAAGCGAUGCUACGACGGUUUAGUGCCGGAUUGGCGAUCCAGUCCCUGAGUUGGAAGCAUGUCGAUCAUUGGCGUCAGCAGCACCAGGAGCUGUUACGAACGUAUGACAGUAUCACAACCACGGAAUGGGGGAGACACACUGUAACUCUGCGCGGUAAUGACGGGCCUGAGCUUGGGUCCUCUACAGGACCCAUCCCGGUCAGCUUCAUGGUCGAGGAGCGUGUGCUGAUCUUCCCUGAUCGAUUGGCCUUAUCCCGUGCGUCUUCAUUCUUUCACACGCUGCUCGUUGGAGAUUUCAAAGAAGCCUCGGAGCAGCAUAUCCGGAUUCAGGAUGUGGACCCGGACGAUUUCGAGAUGCUAUUGGAGGUCUUGAGAGAAUCGCGGAUGACGGUGCGACUACUCCUACCAGAGGAUCUGCCGUUUGAUUUGGUGUUACGGUUGAUGGUUUGUGCGGAACGGUUCAUGGUGACGUUCGUGAAGCGCCUGUCAGAGCACUGGAUCCUGCAAGCACUUGGGACAAGAGAGCUAAAGUGGUAUAACCUGAUGAGAUCGACGAGCCCCCGAAGCGAGAGUAGAGGACUUCCGGAGGAUGCAGGGCAGAAAGCUAAGCAUGAUCGAGACGAAACUCUUGAAGAAUCUCAGGAGAAAAGGCAACGGCUGGACACAAAAGCUGAGGAACAAAAGGUGGACAUACGCUCUGAAGAACCUCAUGAGACGCAGAAGCAAGGUGUGGAUCGUGGACCCAAGACUGAUAUUGGCAACGAGUUGGCAGUGCCUAAUCUUCAGCAGCAGCAGCAGCAGCAGCAGGAACAGUCAGACAUGGACCCCGUACAGGACGACAGCAACGAUGACGAAGAAUCGAUCCAGGAGUGUCUGUUGAUGGUCUACGAGACUUGCUCGAGCCCUCACUACGGCAGCAUCUACUUCUCAGAACACCCAUUCCAUGGCCUCGUGUGGGACGCCCUCAAGAGGACGGUGCUUCGACUCGGAUCUGUGGCCAUCACACCACGGUUCGCAACCAUGCUCGACAAGGGAGGCGAGGAACGUAUUGAAGAUCUUCUACAGAUCCUGUACGAGCUUGUUGUGGACAGUGUACCGUAG